CACAGAGGCAGUUGCCAGGUGGCUGAAGGACUUGGAGCUUUUAUUCUCCCCUCGUUUCACGGUCCACAACAAACACACACACUCCCACACGCGCGCGCACACGCACACACGCUCUACACGCGCGAGUCAUCAGUGAGCUGCAGAAGUGUGUGAACCGUUCCUCAUCAUCUCAUUCUUCAUCAUCAUCUUCAUCAUAUCCCCAUCCACAGCUUUACUACAGAGAGACACCGCAGCGCUUACAGCAGGUUCUGAUCUCCACCAGCGGUCCUCAGCAUGGAUACACCCCCGGAGGAGAGGAAAGCAUCCCCGGUGCACGGCUCUGUCCCCGCGCGCCGCUGGAACUCUGUCUCUGCCGCCGCCGCCGUGUGUCUCGCGCUGUCGCUCAGCGCUCUGGCCACGUGCUGUCUCAUGGUGAUUAAAACGCACGAGAUGGAGAGUAAAGUGCGCGCGCUGGAGCGCAUGAACGACGGCCCGGUGACCGAAGAGCUGCGGGACUCCGUCCGGAGUCUGGUGCAAGAAACGCUGAGCGAGCUGAUGCCCAAACUACGCACAGCCAGAGACGUGAAUCACGAGUGCGUCUGUCCUCCAGGUCCUCCGGGAAAGCGUGGAAGGAUGGGACGACGAGGAGAUCCUGGACCUCCAGUAAGUACCUCACUCAUCUAAAUCCAAUGUGUUGAUUUUUGUAGUGUCUUGUGUAAGAGGGUAAGUGAGGAAGUGAAAGCACCCACACACACACACACACA